GCUCGCCAACUAUCGAUAUCAAGAGCCAGCGCACACACAGGGCAAGAGAGUUUGCGAAAAAAAAAAACCUGGACAAAAAGCCUCAAUUGAUUGCGAACAGAUUAGCUUGAGGAAGCAGAAGUUGCCCGUCGACUAGUGCCGUGAAUUGCUCCAACCAUCUCUACCGUGGCGACGCCGAGAAGCUAGCGAAACCUUUGCCAGUGGUGUUCUCCCACCAUCAACCUCCUCCAACUCCGUCUCUUGGGGGGCCAAAAGGUAGCAGAAAAACAGCAGAGACUUCGCGACGAGGGGCGCGCGACAGCGGGGAUUCGGCCUGCUGGGUUUAGUGUGGAAACAAACAAACGGAUCGGAUUCCGGGUCCGGAUCGGAGGAGGAACGGGGUGUGGCUCGCUAACUGGGCAGCAGCUUGGCAAACAAAAGCAUCGGAGGCGGCAACAAGUAGGCGGCAGGCAUGGACGUGUCGCUCACAGAGCCGGAGACGCGCUUCUACAAUGAGUUGUUUCAAUGCUGUGACGUAGAGAAGACGGGCAAGGUGCCUAUGCUUAAGGCCACCGAGCUCUUCCGCUCGGCAGACAUUGCCAACGAAACGGUGAUUGAGAUCACUGGCCUGGCGGGGAUUCCCUCCACGGCGCUGCACAUCUCGCGGACGCAGUUCUACUCAUGUCUAAAGUUGAUCGCCGCCCAUCAGGCGGCCAUGCCGCUGCGCCAGGAGCUGAUUUUGGCCACGUUUCCGCUUCCACUACCGCACUUUAGCUGGAAGGAGGCGGUUACAGCUCCAGUGGCUGUCGAAAAUGGACUGGCCGCCCUGCCACCGCCGCCGCCCACAGACAGAAGAAACUCGCUACGCCGUAACUCGCAGCAGGAGCAGCUGCAGGACACCUCCGACGUACCCAGCACCGACUCCGAGGUGGAACAAAACGAGUCCGUGGACGAGGCGACGGGCCACGGACGCGGCACCGAUGGCAGCGGGGUCGUCAGCAGCAGCAGCCGAGAGAAUGUCGGGCGUCGUCGAGGGGGCGGUGCCGGUGGUGGUUCACCCGAAGCCUGGAGCACAAACAGUGACAGUCCCACGCCGACCAACAGUGUGGCCGAGCGACCCUGGGCGCAGGACAACCUCUGGCAAGGACUGCUUGGCGACGAGCACCGCCAGCUCCUGGGCACCGAGGAGGAAUCCUCGGAUCGCCACAGUAGCGAUGACGAGGACAACGAAAGCGAGCUGGUUACUAUUUACCAGAUAACUCCGGAGCAGCGCGAGUACUAUAACAAGCAGUUCAGGACGGUCCAGAGGGAUCCGCAUGGACUGCUUUCCGGCCAGGCAGCAAGAAUCUUUUUCGAAAAGAGCCGCAUUCCGGUGGAGGAACUACGUCACAUCUGGCAGUUGUGCGACGUUACACGCGAUGGAGCACUGAGUCUGUCCGAAUUCACCGCCGCUAUGCACCUGGUGGUCCUAAGACGCAACAACAUUCCGUUGCCCACCAGCCUGCCCAACUGUUUACAUCCGAACGUACUCCAAGCGGCUGCGACUGCCAGUGGACAGGGAGUCAGCUCUUCGUCGUCAGUGGCGCUGCCUCAGGAGCCGCCUGAGGCUGAUCUCCUGCACUUAAACGACGACGAUGAGGACGACCACACGGACAAUACAGUCAUAGCCGGCAAUCUCAGCGGCGGUAGUUCUACCAGCAAGCCGCGACCCAAUGUGCCCAGUGACAAGAACAUCAUGAAUCUGAGCAGCAUCUCCACGUCCUCGCAGGCGAGCAACAGUUCCAGACGUGAGGCCACACCGCAGAACUCGUUGGCCAAGAACCGUAGCAUCUCGAACUCGCCGAGUGUGGAGAAAGCGGUGACAGCAGCUGUUUCCUCAACGGCGAAUGCUGUAGACUCGAGCAACGCCUCCAGUCAGUGGACAAAGUUCAGCGAAUCUCCCACAACAAGUGCUGCUCCGGUGCAGUCAAAUUCUGGAGCGGCACCUGUUGUCGCCGCCGGAGCAGCAGCUCCUGCCGUCUCUAGUCCCGGACUCAAGCCAGCUUUGUUCGACAUGAAGCGCUCUGCCCAGGACGUUGUCUCCAAUCCGCAAAUCCUGCACCCAGUGCCGUUGAGAGUGACACCCAUUGGCACUGCCAUCGCUUCCUCCGCUGACUCAUCUAACGACAACGAAAGCGUUGUGGUGCUGCGCGAGGACAGUCCCAAGGCCAUCUCUUCGUCAACAGUCAACAAUCAGUCAUCUGGAUCUGCUGUUCCAAUGGGAGUAUCGGGCUCCCAUCGCGAGAGCAGCGAUCUGCGUGCCAUCCAACGGCCUCAGGCCAAAAAGCUGCCGGCCAAGAACAGUGCAUUGCCACCGCCACCGCAACGUGAGCCAAGCAUCGGAUCUAGUGGGCCGAGUGAGCCGCCGGAGCCACAGGCUGCUUAUGUCGUCUCAUCUUUGGCAUCCAAGAAGGAGCCACCACCAUUGCCGCCGCCGAGGCCUCACCGCCAUGCGCGAAGCAGCAGCCUGGACUUGAACAAGUUUAAAAUGGGCACAACGGGUGGUGCCCAGCAGGCGGAGAUCACCGCGCAGGCCAGCUUCGAUAUGCAAACCUCAACGGGUUUUGCCGAUUUCACGCACUUUGCCGACGAAGGCGCCGCGAACGUCGUGGACGAGCAGCAGCUACACUCUUUGCCGCCGGCAGCACCGCCUCCACAGGCUGCAGUUGUGCCUCCUACGAGAAUUACCCUUCAGCAGGCUCAGCAGCGCGUUUCCGCCUUCGAGGUCUAUCGGAAGCCACACACACCUCGCGGAUCGCAAUCUCCGCCCCAGCAGCCACCACCGCCGGCUCCAGCUGUGGGAGCUGGGGUCACCCAACCCGGUCAGCUGCCCAGUGCCGAUAGCUUCGAAAAGCGGGUGACUGCCAUUAGCGAUUCGUUGCGCCACGUGUCCUUCAAACAGGGUCAGGCCAACACCACGGAGGUGCUGCAACGACUGCGCGAGCAGAACAACUCGCUGCUCCAUCUCUGCAACGAUUUAAGCGACGAGCUAUUAAGCGUCCAGACGCGCAAGGAGGAAAUGCGACUGAAGUUGGAGGGACUGGCCGCAGGUGAUGCAACUGGGCGGACGAGCUCCUCGAUAUCCGCCCCGGUGACAGCGAAUGUGACCGGUGGAUCGUCUGGUUCGGCAGGACCUUCUUACACCAAUGUUUAAGCAGCGAUAAAAAAUCAUGUUUACUAGGGUGAAUCGAUUUGUUCGGCAAGAAGUAGAGACAAUUUUUUUUUGCGUUCUCUCUUUGCCAAAAUCUAACAUUCCUUCUUAGGUGUUAAAAAUGUUUUUGUUCUUUUAUUUUUAAAUUGCGCAUUGGACGGCAUUAUUUAUUUUUCCCCCAAAUUUCAUAAGACAAAAAAAGAAAGUUCACGAAACCUAAUUGAAUAAUUAGUACAAUUUUUGUAAAUGUAUACAUUUUUCUUUCCAAAAAGAAUUGGUCACGUUUGCUAAGAGAUCAAGAUGUUUUAGGCAGUGUUGAAUCUUGUUUUUGCACUCUAACAAAUCGAUCCACCCUAAUUGUUUAACAAUUAUUUUGUUGUUUAUGUAUGUUGCAAGCACAAUUAACUAAUUGGAGUAUUUAACCAGUGAUAAGACUGAGCAAACAUUUAAGCUUCUGACCGAAAUUUUCGUCAAAACCGCUUUUUCUUGUGAAAAUGCGAAAAGUAUGUGGGCAAACAAACCACAAGAUCUGCCAACCUCAGCAUUCUCGGUUUUAAAGAUGUUUACUCAAAAGUUUGUUUAGUCUGUGACUGGCGUAAAUACCCCAGAUGAAGCUGGUACCGCGUCCGUUUAUGCAUUGAAGUUGCUAAUUUAAUUUGUAGGCUAGUUAAAUCUCAAGAACACAAACAAAUCAUGCGAGAACAACAACAAUAAUGCCGCCUCUAUAGAUAUUUAUGCAGAUCGAUAUAUAUAUAUAUAAAUAUGUAUAUGUAUAUUUAGAGAUAUAUGUAUAUGCGCUUCUCCUAAUUGUUACGAGUAAAUGACACACAGUUCUUUCGCUUGACAGCCACCCGUAUCUCACCCUCACCCUAGUGAUUAAUGAAACUGCCACAAAGUGGUCCAAUCCCAGCUGUAAUAUUUCCUGCUGCGAAGGCAUUUUACUUUCCAAUUUGCUAUUUAUUAAUUAUUAAUUUGUGUAUGCCUCUAAAAUGUCCCCUUCUAUUCAUUCCGGCAAUGAAAACUAACAAAGAAAACAAAAAGAAUCACAAAAUCGAACCUAAAAAAAAAAUAAAAAGCCAGGCUUAAUGUUUAAGUAUUAGUAAAAAGUAAAAAAAAAUUCAUUUCCUUGAAAGCUUAGCUUAGGUUUUUCAAAAAAAGUAUAUACAUAUUAAUAUAUUUUCUAUCUGUAUAGUGUACACAAAAACACAAACUACUUGAUAUUAUGUAAAUUUACCAAAACUUCUUUCUACGACUAACGAAGAGGAAACAAGAUUGAAACAGGAGACAAAUUUAAUUUACCCGGACCACUAAAUGUGUACGUAUAUGCUAACUUCGAAUUUAUCAGAUAUACCGGCAUAUAUCACUUCUUUUGCAUACUUAAACCACUAGAUGUAUGAGUUUUUCUUCGACUUGUUAAACAUUUUCAAUGAUCUACCACACACAAUCACACACGAAAAACGAAACAAACAAAAUGUAAUGAAAAGUAAAAGUGAUAUUGAAACACUAUGUAAACAUAUUAUUACGUGGCUGCGUAAUCAAUGUGUAUUGUUUUGAUGGAUAUACAUCUCUAUGAAUAAAGAUAAAUGUAUUAAGUUGAUGUUAAAAUGCUAAAGAGAAUGCAAUAAAAAAGAAAGUGCAA